CAAACAGCAAUGGCGGUGUUGUGAGUGGGUCUGGAUAAUGGAGUGCAUACUGAAUGGGAAUUCCUGCACGGUCAUUGUUGUGAUGGCCAAUAUAAAUAAAUAAUAUGCAAUCUGGGGAAUAAGUUGCUUAUUAUUCAGAGUUGUUUGUUCUUUUAUUCACUACAUAUUGUUGUGUUUUAAUUUAUCGCGGUGUAAGGAAAAAACAAAAUGUCGGCAGGUGCCCACGCCGGUGGCGUGCUGCCACCAGAGCAAAUUGGUUACAUUCCUGAUAAACUAAAAAAGGCAGAAAAACGAAUUGAAGCGUUUCCUUAUGAUACAGAGGCAUGGAGUGUUCUUAUUCGAGAUGCACAGAUGAAACCGAUAGAAAUUGCUCGGCAAGUAUACGAGAGACUGGUUGCCCAAUUUCCCAAUGCAGGCAAAUACUGGAGGAUUUAUAUAGAACAAGAGUUGAAAGCGAAGAAUUUUGAGAGAGUGGAAAAGCUUUUCCAAAGAUGUCUUGUCAAAAUUCUGAACAUAGAUCUCUGGAAAUUGUAUCUCAAUUACAUCAAGGACACAAAAGGAAAACUACCUUCGUACAGGGAGAAGAUGGCCCAGGCUUACGAUUUUGCCUUGGACAAAAUGGGAAUGGACAUUAUGUCUUAUCAAGUCUGGGUGGACUACAUUAACUUCUUAAAAUCAGUUGAAGCUGUGGGCUCCUAUGCUGAAAACCAACAGAUAACAGCUGUAAGGAAAGUAUUCCAGAGAGGCGUAGUCAAUCCUAUGAUAAACAUAGAGGGGCUCUGGAAGGAUUAUUGUCAGUAUGAACAGAGUAUAAAUCCAUUGAUUGCAAAGAAGAUGACAGAAGAUCGAGGAAGAGAAUACAUUAAUGCCAGAAGAGUGGCCAAAGAGUAUGAGGCCGUCACAAGGGGACUGAAUAAGAAUCUCCCUUCUGUACCCCCACAGAAUAAUCCAGACGAGGCUCAGCAGGUAGAGUUAUGGAAAAAGUACAUUGCUUGGGAGAAAAGUAAUCCAUUGAGGACGGAAGACCAUGCUCUGAUCACAAAGCGAGUGAUGUUUGCGUAUGAGCAAUGUCUACUGUGCCUGGGACAUCAUCCGGACAUUUGGUAUGAGGCAGCUUCUUAUCUGGAACAGUCCAGCAAAAUCCUCACAGAGAAAGGGGACCAGAAUGCUGGUAAGAUGUUCGCAGAUGAGGCGGGUUCUAUCUAUGAGAGAGCCGUAACAACUCUGAUGAAGAAUAAUAUGCUGGUUUACUUUGCUUAUGCUGAUUUUGAGGAGAGUAGGAUGAAAUAUGAGAAGGUCCAUGGAAUAUAUAAAAAGCUACUAGAUGUUCAAGAAAUAGAUCCUACAUUAGCGUUUAUACAGUAUAUGAAAUUUGCCAGGAGAGCUGAGGGUAUAAAGUCAGCCAGACAGAUUUUUAAAAUGGCUCGUGAGGAAAAUCGAACUCGAUACCAGGUUUUUGUAGCUGCAGCGUUAAUGGAAUAUUAUUGCAGUAAGGAAAAGACAGUAGCACUGAAGAUAUUUGAGCUUGGGUUGAAGAAGUAUGGAGGAAUCCCAGAAUAUUUAUUGUGUUACAUGGAUUUUAUGUCCCAUCUGAAUGAGGAUAACAACACUCGAGUCCUGUAUGAGCGAGUUCUAUCCUCAGGACAGGUGCCCCCUGAGAAAUCGAUCGAGAUCUGGAGUAGAUUUCUGGCUUUUGAGUCCGAGGUGGGCGACCUGGCUAGUAUACAGAAAGUAGAGAAAAGGCGAGCUCAAGCCAUUGAAAAGGUUCAAGAAUUUGAGGGGAAGGAUACAGCUUUAUUAAUAGAUAGAUAUAAGUACCUAGAUCUUUACCCUUGUACCACAACUGAGCUGAAGGCAGUCGGAUACUUUGAUUUAGCUAGACAGCAGGUGGUAACUCUUCCCUCAGCAUCGGUCACUAAAGUUGUUCUGGAAGAUGAGGAGAAUAAAAAUAAACCCCAGUAUCCCAAACCAGACGUAGAGCAGAUGAUAGCCUUCAAACCCAGGCAAAUUGUGGCUGUUGGAGCCCACCCUGUUCCUGGAGGGGAAUUCCCACCCCCACCUGCCGCUGCUAGUCUCAUAUCACAGUUACCUCCCCCUGACUGUUUUCAUGGUCCAUUUGUUCUUAUGGAUAAGUUUAUAGAGCAUUUUAACAAGCUGGUACUACCUGAAGCUCCUGUUGGGACAGAAAAUGGAAUUGAUGGCACAUUCAAAUUAGACCCUGGGACUCAGCUCUCCAUUGACUUUGCUUUAGGGAGGAAGCGAAAGGUCACGGAGGGGGAGGAUAGUGAUGAGGAGGGGUCAGAGGUCACGGCCCCACCUGUACAUGACAUUUACCGUAGUCGACAACAAAAGCGAGCAAAGUAAAGUUGAAAAUCUCUCUUCCUGCCAGAGAUUAUUGUUCAUAUUGAGACCAAGUGAUCAUUGCUGAGAAAGACACUGUUUGGAAAAAUGUUCUGCUGUGUCUAGUUUCUGGACACAAUUGUUUUUAACUAAUGUAAAAUUCUGUUUAACAGAAUUAUUGUUAAAUGGUACAGUUUGUCACAUUUCAAGUACCAAACCAACAUUCAGUCAAUGAAUAAUAAUGAUCAGGAAGAAGUGCAUUUUAUGAGGCUUAUAUAAGAUUUUUUGUGACUUUUCCUUUUUAUCAACAAUUAGGAAUGUAUUAUUUAUUCAGUUUAAAUUUGGAAAUUUCUCGUAAUUUAGUAUAAACAUAUCAUGUUAAGGUACAGGUUGCAUUGUAAAAUAAUUGAUCGCCCAUGAAUGGAGGAUCAAUGUUGUCAAAAAAAAGAAACUUGGAAUACGAAUUUCAAAAAGUAUUCAGGUCAAGCAUUUGAAAGGUAUUUUCCUGUUGGGUUUUAUCAUCUCUUAGGGAGGGGUAGCAUCCAUUUUCAUGUCUAUCAUGCAUCUUU